CCAUAUAAAAUGCCUCUCACCCAUAAAUUUUCUUUCUUUACUUUUCAUUCUCUCUAUAAUUUUCUCAACCACCAACACGGUGGCUCAGCCGCCGGAAACCACCACUCACGGCGGCGAUACAAAAUUCAAUGAAACUAAAAAUGAGAGAGUAUUAUUAAUACUGUGUAUAUCUUGUCUCCUUUGUCCUUUUUUCUUUAAUUUUUUUUUAUUUUACUCUUUUUCUCAUUGAAGAGUCCGCCUUGUGUCCUUCAUGCUUCUUCUGUGGUAGCUUUUAUUGUUCUUGCCUCCCUCUCUCCUUCCAUUUCUCUCUCUAAAAAACCUCACCCUUUAUAUAUAUACACACUUUUUUUCAUUUUUUGCUUCUAUAAAAUCAAUCACAAAUUCCAUUUUUCAUCUCUCCCUCUCUCUCUCUCUCUCUCUCUCUCUCAUUGAUUUGAUUCAUUUCAAUGGCUGUUCAAGCUCAAUACCCUUCCAAUGUCCUCCUCCUUAACAGAAAUAUUCAAGAUACUGAGCAUGAUUAUUCAUUGCAACCUCAGCCUGGUGGAGUUGGAGGAGGAGGAGGUGGAGGAGUUCUUCAACAGUCUCAUGCUCUGUUCAACAAUGGAGGUGGGAAUCAUUCGAGUAAUUUAAGGAAAAGAGGAAGAGAUAAUUCUGUUUCUGUCUCACCUCCCAUAAUCAAUCCUCUCUGUUUUCAACCUCAGAUUAUUGACCUUUCUCAGCUUCAUAACCACCAUCAUCCCUCCAAUGUCGUCUCCACCGGACUCCGGUUGUCUUCGGGUGACCAACCACUUAAUCUUUACCAUCACCCGCCGCCGCCUCCGCCGUCGCAGAAUGAUGCCAGUCUUGUUUCUCUCUCUUCCUCUGUUUUUAUCUCCGAUGAUUUUUCCUCUCAAAUCAAACAGCACCGUGAUGAAAUUGACCAAUUCCUUCAAACCCAGGAGGAAGAGCUGCGGCGGGCGUUGGCGGAGAAACGGCAGAGGCACUACCGGGAACUACUGGCAGCGGCGGAGGAGAGGGCGGCGAGGAGGUUGAGAGAGAAGGAAGUGGAGGUGGAGAAAGCCACGCGUCGCCAUGCGGAGUUGGAAGCACGCGCCGCCAGGUUGAGCAUGGAGGCGCAGGCGUGGCAAGAGAAGGCCAGGGCAGAGGAGGCGGCGGCAGCGGCACUGCAGGCUCAGCUGCAGCAAGCGAUAAUGAGGGGCACCGGGAGUGGCGGCGGCGGAGACGGCGGUGUAGUAGGAGACUGGUCUCUUAUACACAUCUAG